CAUAUCUUCUUCAAUCAAAUGUUGGGGACUACAUCAAAAUUAACCACCUUCCUCCUCUCAUAUUCCACCACCACCACCACCUCACUCCCCCUUUUCCACCGCCCCUCAACUCACCACAAUCUCUCUCACUUCCCAAUCAAAUCAUCUCAACAAUUUCACUCACAUUUCACCACCACAAAUAACAAUAAUAUUAACAAGCUACGUCACCAUAAUCAUGUUAAGCCUGCAGCAGCAGCUGCUGCUGACGUGUAUCUCGCUCAACCGUCCGUAUCUCACCCGUGGCCGGAGUGGUCAACACUUAUUAAAUCUAUAUCUAUAUUUCCCGGAUGUAUCGAUACAAACAGGAACGGUUUAAAGGAUGAAUUCGUGCCAAUUGAAAGCUUAUCGAUGGAAUUUAUUGAUGCUGCGUGUUUCUGUUUAAGUUUCGCGCAUCUUAAACCUCAUAUCUUAAGGUGGCUUCCUAAAGAUGAAAUGCAGGUGCUUAUAAAUGAUGGUGCUCCAUUUCUUUUCAAGAGUGCGAUUGAAACCGAAAAAAGAAUGAGAUCUUUCUUAGAGGGUGAGAAAUCUAGUGAAGCAACAACGGUGGACUUGAUGAAGUACAUUUUGAGUUAUGCAAGCAAUCCUGUUAUUCAUCCUGAAAAAGAGAUUAAAGAGGCUUCUGAAUCAUCUGCUCGAAAUUUGUUACGCGAGAUGGCUAAUCUUAUUGGUAAGGAGGAAACUUUGGGCAUGCAUAAUGUAGAGGAAGUUGAUGGGGUCAUAGAUGAAAAGGCACCAAUAUAUCUUGCACCAAAUAUUAUUAUGAAGAGAAGUGAUUGGAUAUGUCGAAAGUGCAGUUUCAUGAAUUUUGCAAAGAACGCUAAAUGCCUUAGGUGUGAGGAGUUAAGAUCACAGAGGCAGUUGACUGGUGCCGAGUGGGAUUGUCCUCGAUGUAGUUUCUUUAAUAAUGGAAGAAACAUGGUGUGUUUAAAAUGCGAGGUUAGACGGCCAGGUGAGGUUCCAUUACCAAUUGGGCAGGUGAAAACACCAGCUAUCCCAAAUGAAAGAGAUUCCGGUUAUGUUCCAUUUGUUCCCUUACCAGCUGAUAUAUUCGCCAAAAAUCCCGAAAACAAAACAACUGAAAGUAACAAAAAAGCUGUGGGCGGAAACUCUGAACCAAAAAUUACUGGAUCUAAGGGCAACUCUGAAAAAUCGGCCACUAAAAGUGAAAUAUCGAUUAAAGAUACUGUUGAAGCAGAGAAAUCAGAAAGAUGGUUUAAGAAAGUGGCUGAGUUACAUGAUGUCACAGAUUUGACAAGUGCUAUAUCAGACGAAGAUUUUCCGGAAAUCAUGCCAAUUCGUAAAGGAGAAAAUCGAUUUGUAGUGAGUAAGAAAAAAGAUCGAUCAUUGACUUCCUCAACAUAUAAAAGACAACAGGCCAUAGAGCAAGGAAGCAAAAGCAUCAACUUUGUUCCUUUUGUCCCAUUUCCACCAGAUUAUUUUGCUAAAAAAGACAACCAGCAAUCAAAAGACACAAGUUUAACUCGUAUGUCAGAUGAGAAUCAGGAUAAAGCUACAAAUGGCAUAGAUCUUGUGAAAGAAACAGAAGAUACUCAGAUUAACAGGAGUGAAACUUUACCCGAAACCUCAAAUGGUGACCGGCUAACUGCUGAAAACCAACAUGUGAGAAAUGGGUUGAAAGGAAAGGGCGUGGAAGGGCCAGCCACAGAUGACAUGAGUUUAGUGCAAGAAAAACAUAAUGCACAUAUGGAAAGAAGUGUAAAUGGACCUGAAACCUCAAGUGGUGUACAACAUCCAGAAAUCCAAAAGUUAAGAAACAGGUGGGAAGGAUCGAGCCUGGAAGGGUCAGCUGUUAAGGAAACUGAUCCUCUGGAUAUGUCAGAAGAGGCCAAAGCAGAAAGAUGGUUUAGACGGGUUGCUCAGAUUAAAGAUAUCUCUGAGUUAAGCCAAAUCCCUGAUGAAGACUUCCCAUCGAUUAUGCCAAUGAGAAAAGGGGUGAACCGGUUUGUUGUUAGCAAGAGGAAAACACCACUCGAAAGGCGGCUAACAUCCCCACAGUACAGAAAGAAUCUUAGAACUGUGAACUCUGAACCAACGAAAAAGGAAGGCGAGGGUAGUUGAGUGACCCAACCACCGACCCUACGUGUUGUAAGUAUUCGUUCUUAGUAAAUUUUGUAACUUCUCAUUUAUGUUGCAUUAGUUGAAUUGAUGCUUAAAGAAAUAUACUAAACAAUUUUUCAGAUUAGAAUGCAACAUAUUGUAUCUUGAAUGAGCUCCUAGUGAAAAAUAGCAAUUAUUUUUAUCGUUAA